AAUUAUAAAUUGCAAACAUUUAGUUGUUUAUCGGUAUAGUUGUUAACGAAUAGUUUUAUCAUGCUUCGAAUUUAUGCGAUUUUUCUUAUUUUUUGCGUAUUUUCUUCGACGACGUACGCAGCACCGAAAUUUCGAUCAGAUGUAAAAGCUUGUUAUAGUGAACCAUGUCCAGAUAAUACUUUUGCUUGCGAGAAAUUAUCAGGUGUAUCAAGAAAUAGACAAGAAAUCAUUGAGGAAGUUCAUUGUUUAGAUCUCAGAGACAAUGUUUUGAAGAACGUAACAAGAUCGAAGCCGAAUCAUUUUGGUAGUUCCGUCAUGUUCCAGAGCUACAGUUAUUCUGGCACUUACGAGAUAUACGAAUCUUCAGGAGAAACUACCAAAACUGUGGAUUUCAAUACACGAAAACCGGUUACAAAUGAAGUAGAAAUAUUGAAUAAUUCUAUUGAAAAGAAUAGACCAAAGCAUUCACGUCCUCAAUAUUCUGAAGUUGAAGACUUAAAUAAAGUCGGUAUUUAUUAGCUGUUAACUUUUUAUUGAUGGAAGUAACACAGAAACAAAUUAUAUAAAUAUUUUUGUUAGGUAACUGGUGGUUUAUUAUAUUGUGAUUUAUUUUAAGAAUUUUUGAAUGUAUUUUUAAAAAUGUAAAAUUUUUUGUUAAAAUUAUUUAUGUUAUUAUACGUUGAUUUUUGAAAAUCA